AUGUCAGCCCAAUUGUCUUUACCUACUGUCAGCGGUGAUUAUCAGCAGCACACCUUUGAAGAAGUCAGCAUUCAAUAUUUCGUAGCUAGAAAUUUGUUUUUCCAAAGAUUUAGAAUUUAUUAUUAUAUUAAUUAUUGAAUUAACUUGUCAACUCCAUUAUGUCCGGACAUUUUCAACCUCUGAGAUCUUCUCGCGUUUUGCGAAAAAUCAAAGAAAUAAGCCAACCCACUGGUGACCCGGUCAUAAUAAAUCGAAAUCCACGGAAUCUGGAGAGAUUGCGUAUUGCACAUAAACCCAAAGGUUAUUUUUUGGAGAAACCAGGACGUUCGUUUUGGCAUAAGUUGGAGCUGACAGUAAGUGGACGUUAUGUAACUGCAGAAGUGAGACAUUUCCAAAAUGGUCCAAUUGUGGGAGCAAGUACAUCUGAAUGGGCAAUUAAAAAGCAUCUAUACAAAACCACCGAUACACCUGCGUUUGUGAAUCUUGCACGAGUACUGGCUAUGAGAUGCCUCCAAUCAGGCAUUACUGAAAUGGCUUGUAAUAUUGACGCAGUCGCCGGAGGUAAGGUUGAAAAGUUUCUCAAGACAUUGGAAGAAAAUGGAGUUAGAUUGCAAGAACCAGAACGAUACGUUGCUCCAUUACCAUGGGAUGCCGUGCGAAAUGAAAAACCAUGGGAAGUAUUAGAGGAUCAACUGCCACCAGCGCAAGAAGCAAAAACAGAAAAGACACCCAAAAAAUAAUAAACACAAUUUGUUUUUCGUUUUUGUUUAUCAAUAAAUGUUACAUUUAUUCUAAUUGAA